CCCAUUCCUUCCUUUCAUAAACUGGUCAUCCAUCACUUGGCCCAGGAUGCUCCGUGGGAGAAGGCGCGGCCGGAGUUGGUGACAUUGAAGAAUAUGACGAUGGAUCUGACUGAGGAAGAGAGGCACCUCUUGGACCAUUCUCAGGAAGAAGUCUCCCCGAAUGUCAUGGCAGAGGAUUCCCAGAACCUGGCCUCCCUAGAUGCAGAAACAAGGUUUGAUAUGAAGGAGAUGAGCGCAAAUCUGAAAAUGACCUCACAAAAAGACUAUACUGAAGACUAUACUGAAGAUAUGACUGAUCUUACUAACCACACUGGAGAGAAAGGUUAUGAAUACAAUCUACAUUCAGAGGAUUUGGAAAAGAGCUCCAGUGUUGCCAAAGAUAAGAAUAUAUGUACUGAAGAAGAAAACCCACAUGAGUGUCAUGAAUGUGGUAAAGCUUUUAGUGUAUAUUCUUCCCUUAUCAAACAUCAGGCUAUCCAUAGUGAAGAGAAAUCUUAUGAAUGUAAUGACUCUAGAAAUACUUUUAGAGAGCAAUCUACUUUUGCUAAACAUCGGAGAAUCUAUACUGGAGAACAAUCUUACAUAUGUAAUCAAUGUGGAAAGGAUUUUCAAUGUUACUCCAAAUUUGCUGAACAUCAGAGAAUUCAUACUGGAGAGAAACCUUAUGAAUGUCGUGAAUGUGGAAAGGCUUUCACACAGUACUCCAAUCUUGCGAAACAUCAAAAAAUCCAUGCUGGAGAGAAGCCUUAUGAAUGUAAUGAAUGUGGAAAGGCUUUCACACAGCACUCCAAUCUUGUUAAACAUCAGAGAAUUCACACUGGAGAGAAACCUUAUGAAUGCAAUGAAUGUGGAAAGGCUUUUACACAGCACUCCAAUCUCAUUAAACAUCAGAGAAUCCAUGCUGGAGAGAAACCUUAUGAAUGUGAUGAAUGUGGAAAGGCUUUUACACAGAGCUCAAAUCUUGUUAAACACCAGAGAGUCCACAGUGGAGAGAAACUUUUUGGAUGUAAUAAAAAUAGCGAGACUUUGAAUGAGAGUUCUACUCCUACAAAACAGCAGAGAAUCCACACUGGAGAACAAUCUUACAUAUGUGAUCAAUGUGGAAAAAAUUUCCGAUGUUACUCCAAAUUUGCAGAACAUCAGAGAAUUCACACUGGAGAGAAACCUUAUGAAUGUGAUGAAUGUGGUAGGGCUUUCACACAGUAUUCCAAUCUUGCCAAACAUCAGAAAAUCCAUGCCGGAGAGAAACCUUAUGAAUGUGAUGAGUGUGGAAAGGCUUUCACACAGCACUCCAAUCUUGCUAAACAUCAGAGAAUCCACACUGGAGAGAAACCUUAUGAAUGUAAUCAAUGUGGAAAGGCUUUUGCACAGAGCUCAAAUCUUGCUAAACACCAGAGAAUCCAUGAUGGAGAGAAACCUUAUGAGUGUCAUGCAUGUAAUAAAGCUUUUCGUGCACACUCUUCCCUUAUUAAACAUGAGAGUAUCCACACUAGAGAGAAACUUUAUGAAUGUAAUAAACAUACUCUUAGUAAACAUCAGAGAAUCCAUACUGGAGAACAAUCUUACAUAUGUAAUCAGUGUGGAAAGAAUGUUCGAUGUUACUCCAAAUUUGCUGAACAUCAAAGAAUCCACACUGGAGAAAAACCUUAUGAAUGUGAUCAAUGUGGAAGGGCUUUCACCCAGCAUUCCAAUCUUGCUAAACAUCAGAGAAUCCAUGCUGGAGAGAAGCCUUAUGAAUGUGAUGAGUGUGGAAAGGCUUUCACACAACGAGGCUCACACUUGACGGACGACGGGUUACGGAUCAUGCAGGCGAGUGAUUAG